GACGUCAUUCGCGGAGGGAUCCCGAUGUCGGAACCAUGGUCAUAUCGUUGAGAGGCAGUGAACGGCAGAGGUCUAGCGACAGCUCAGCUACUCAUUAGGGCAGAGAUACGUUGAAGUGGGAAGACGUCUCGCUGUGAGCAUUUCUGGAGGCAAAUGUUAACUUUCGGAUAGUACCGUUUGCUAGACUGUCUAGCGUUCCGGGGGGGCUAGCUUUCAGCUUUCUCACUGGUGUUCUUCGGUGGAAGAAGCAAAAAUGUCGUCUCCAAGUCCGGGUAAAAGGCGAAUGGAUACCGAUGUGGUGAAACUCAUCGAGAGCAAGCAUGAAGUCACCAUCCUCAGUGGACUCAAUGAAUUUGUAGUGAAGUUUUUUGGACCACAAGGAACACCGUAUGAGGGAGGCGUGUGGAAAGUGCGAGUAGAUCUUCCUGAUAAAUACCCAUUCAAAUCGCCAUCAAUAGGAUUCAUGAACAAGAUUUUUCAUCCCAACAUUGAUGAAGCAUCAGGAACGGUGUGCUUAGAUGUCAUCAACCAGACAUGGACAGCCCUUUAUGAUUUGACCAACAUCUUUGAGUCGUUCCUGCCCCAACUGCUGGCCUACCCAAACCCCAUUGAUCCCCUGAACGGAGAUGCAGCUGCCAUGUACCUUCAUCGGCCAGAGGAGUACAAGCAGAAAAUCAAAGAGUACAUUCAGAAAUAUGCAACAGAGGAGGCUCUGAAGGAGCAGGAAGAGGGGGCAGGCGACUCUUCAUCUGAAAGCUCCAUGUCUGACUUCUCAGAAGACGAGGCCCAGGACAUGGAGUUGUAGUAAUAGGAGGGUUCCCCCAUCCCGCCCCCUGCCCCCCCUUAACCCCCACAGAGACUAUAUUUGAUUUCCUAACCAUGAGAAAGCAGACUUAUAAUAUUCAUAUUUAAACAAGUUGAUUUUUUUAUUAUUAUUAUUACUACUAAACAAGGAUUUUUAUGGAUAUAUAGCCUUUGGUGUGUUUGACCUCCCCUCCCAUUCUGUAGCCGUUUCUCCUCACACGCAUCCACGUUCUCUGCCUGUCAGUCUGCUCAUUUGUGUGGUGCGUCAUCUAAGAAGCUUCCAUGUGAACAUCUGAUUUCUCUACACAAAUCCACUUCAUAAAACUUCCCUUUUAACCUCAGUGACAUAUAAUUUCCUUUCUUUUCCCAUAAUACCAGUUGACUCUGACCAUUUUUGUUAGUUGGUCCCCAUCAGAGCAGGUUAGGUCUUACUUGCCCUCUCUGGUAUACAUCACCACAUUUUUGGGGGGUUUGUUUUGUUUUUUAAAUGCACACAGUGACACACAAGUGUCCGAGCACAUUUUAUAUGAAGUGCAGUGCCAAUAGACGCUAACAAAUCAACCUGGAAUACCUCUUAAGCAUAUCUCUUAAAACAUAUUAUGAGAAUAUGAAAUAGUUUUGGGGUUUUUUUUUUAUCAUUCAGUUCAGAUUCUACAUGGCCUGUUACAUUACUCUUUGUUACUCUGUUGACCUGCAGCCGCCUGUAUACGUUUGCUGACCUGUUUUAGCUGCUCUCCCUUUAAGUCAGCCUCCUUAUGAUUGGCUGCCCAUGAUAAACAGCAGGUGGAGCUUCUUGUGCUCCUAGCCAGAGCCGUGUACAUCAUGCAGAGCCAAGAGUAGGAAAACAAAAACGUAUCAAAGCGAGCAUUUAGAGCAGCCUUUUCAUGUAAUGUCCUCACUAUGUGAAACUACAUGUUUAAUGUGAGAAUCCAACGUAAUGCAUUAUAAGCAACAAACUAAAGAUCUGUUUUGUACAAUGUAUGCUAGCUGCACAAACUGUACAUGUAAGACCAGCGCACACAGGCAGUGAAGACAGAAGGUAGCUCUAAUAUAGGUUUUCUUUUGUGGGCAUUCUGGUCAGACUCUCUUGGUAUUUUGGGAACUAAAAAUAGACCAGAGCUACACUUUAACCAUCUGACUGUAUGCAUUUUAUACUCCACAUCAGGAGUCACCUCAAACACACGAGCACCAGACUGUGUCAUUGUGAAGGGAGGCCUCUGUUUUACAAUCAGCUGUAUUUGUGUUUUGGAAACGCAUUUCUAGUAGCGUUAUUGGUCCUGGGGAACUUUGCUGACUAUAUAAAUAUUUUUUAAAAGGAACAGCAUUCAAGUCUGUUUUAAUCUCAGUAAAAAGCAACAAAAAAUGGUCAUAUGGUUACUGAGUGGAUCUGAGUGAAAUUAAAGAGUAAUUUGUCCCCCUCCCUACUGAGGUUAGUGUUGUAUCAGUCUUCCUCACAUUCCACUGUUACUCGGGAUUUGCUCCAAUGCAUGCUCUCCAUGUUGGUCUGACUGGUACGUAACCCCGGUGGUGUCGAGUGGAUUACGAAAUACGAGCCCUGUACAUGAUAACUAAACUGUACAGAUCUGAGUUCCUAACUUUAAAAUCAAACAAAGGAACACACCUUGUGUUAUUCACUGUGGACUGUGGCAGGUGAAGAUGUCCAUCUAUGAUGCGUGGAAAGGAAUUGCAGUCACAUUUUUGAGUUUUGACACUUGUUUUUUUUCCGUACUUUAAUUUCUUGCCAUUUUUUCCCCCAGUUGGGGGGGGGUCAGCACGCUUGGUUUGUUUUUUUUUUAAAAUCUUGGUUGUUUUUUUUGUUUUGUUUUGUUUUUUGUACAGCGUAUACCUUGUACAGUGAAAAGACACCUCUCUGUAGCCUCAUGAAAAUUCAGUGUUAACCCAAAAACACUGACUUAGUGUUGCUCACGGAGGCUAACGCGGCAGACGGACUACCUAGAAAACCUUGAAAUGUAUUCACUUCUUAGAUUGCAGUAAGAAUCACUGGUCGCUUUGUGGCGGAUUGUGGAUCCCAAGUGAAAGAUUCAAGGCAGAGUUUCACUUGGGAGGUCACCUCAUCACCUCUGAUUUCGACUCCCUCUUCUGUGCCUCAUCAUAAAAAGGAAGUCCACAAAAACCACGUCUUCAAAAAGCCAUGAAGGUCAUUCAUUUAAAAACUAAAAAGGCACAUCACUUUAACCUACCAUCUUCUCCUGUUUCUGCGGUUUGAUCCUAUACAAUUUGUGAUUGGACGUCUAAAUUUUCAGUCUGACAAUUAGGGGAAUUACCCAGGGCUGCGAAUGGCAAUAGGGUUUAUUUGAGCUAAUGUAGGAUUGUUAGACUUGUAUGGCUCAGGUUUGAAAUUCAGUUGGGCUGUAUCUUGGAUAGUGAUUAACAUUUUCACCCAGGUGAUAAUGAAAGGAUGGAAAUCAUGCUAAUGUUUGUUGAGCAGUGUUUUUGACAUGUCACGAUAGUUAGUUUUACCGACUUCAACUAAACAUUUGCUACAUGGCUGUAUUACAGAUAGCGUUACAUAGUUUGGUAUACUUACCUGAUAAAGCAUCGAUGCGUCAUCUGAUUCUUAGUCUGUUUUGUGGUUAUAUGUGAGAUGCCCCAUAAACAUGCCUGCUCAUCAUCAUCUUUCAGAUUCAGAGUUGUACAGGGGUGUGUGUGUGUGAGUGUGAGAGAGAUUUGAAUCUAGGAUGACCUGUAGUGAGCCUGAUAGAUCUAACUGUACUGAAAUCAAAAGUGUGGUUCAGCCCUUUUCAAGACGUUGGGUUUUCUCUAUAAGCAUGAUCUAUAACAUAGUUCUGUGCUCUUUUGAGUGCAGACGCCUCCAUGGUUUGUUUUUAAUUUAUCUGUUCAGUUUGACCGCUUUGAACCCGGGAUUGUUAUUUCUUUAAUCCGCCCUGAGGAAGUUUUGAAUGUCAGCUUGGGGUAGCUCUCAGCAGAGCUAACCUUUGCUAUAGUUGACACAUUCAAGGCAGUUGAAAGCAAAGUGAAUGUUAUACAUUAUUUUGUGGUGAGGUUUGUGAUGCACAUCAAAAGCUAAACCUUACCCAUGGUGUGUGUGUGUGUGUGUGUGUGUUUGUUUGUUUUUUCUCCCCCCCUCCCUCUUAUACAGCAAAAUAAAGAAAAAAGAAAAAUUGUGUAUUCGCACAGAGAGGGACCCCCUUCUUUUUUUUCUUUUUUUUAAGGGUUUUAAACUUGGUCCCUGUUGGUUUAGCUAUGGUUCAGCUAUACUGAUAAGAAUUUCAUGUUAAGGUUUUUGGGGGGGUUUUUGUAAAAAGCAACUCAGAAAUCUUGUUUUACUUGACAUCUGUGCAGUAUUGUACUAAUAAUGUACUAGAUCGAAGGUGACAAUUGUAAUAAAAAUGGCACAUUAUGAUGCAGCAGUGCUACAGGGAGUUAAUAGUUAAUUUUUAUCUUCUUUUGUCUUGCCCCACCCCCCUCCAAAAAUCAUAAGAUUGGUUGUCAGGAUUAUUUGCAAUAAAUUGAUGAGAUACUCAGCUGUGGCCUGGUGUUCCUCUGGUAAACUAUCUUCUCAAUGGCCAAUCUUAUUUUACUGAUAGCUGCCUUUUUUUUUUUUUUUUUUUUUUUUUUUUAAAUUCGAGUUAUCUUUAACUUAAGAACUAAAGAAGACAUCCUAAAGCCAGUGAAUGAUUACACUUCCCACUGCAACUUGAAUUCUAGAUUAUUUCUUUAAAGAUUAAAGCAUUUUUAUUUUGCUUUUAUUUAAUAUCCUUUUGGCUUUUUCCCCAUUCACUUCUUUGACACAACAAGCUUGCAGGUUUAAACAGAGACUCCGCACAUCUAUAUCUUAGAUGCUAGGAUUCACAGAGCAUCACAAUUGUGACUGUAAACCUGCACAGGAAGUCCAGAGCUGGGCUACAGUCCUACAACUAUAACCACACUCCUCUCCCAGAACCUGCUGCAUACAAUAAGGAUGAAGGAUUUGAGUGAAGUGACUGGUCUAUUCAUCUGUAGACAAGACUUCCAAGGCCCUUUCUCUAUUUUAUCAGCACAGCUGCAAAGAACCGGAACCCUCAUCCUGUAAAGUCACCUCCCCCCAUGUGUUGACUGUAUCUCCUCGAGCAGUUGCAUGCUUCUGGUGUGGAGUCGAGGCUCACCUCCCAUCCUGUCUUGUGCUUGUGUGGAUUUGUUCCCUGCGCUGGCCGACCGCUGCCAUCAGGGGAUUUAGCAGGCACACGCAGCAUGGAAAACAGCAGUUUUGUUUUAAUAGAAACUAUGUAUUUGGUACCUAGUGUGUGAUACUCGAGGGUUUAAAAGUCAAAAGGUUUUUUUUUAUUUUUUUUAUUUUGGUUUGUUUCAGUAAAUCCAUUCUUUGUUUUAUUUUUUCCACCUUCUCUGCCCUCAUGUUUUUUGGUUUUUUUGGUUUUUUUUCAUUGUGAAGUGGGCAUGCUUGUCAAAAAUGACAGAUGCUCUCUAUUAAUAGGCUUAUAACCUCAUAAAUAGUUGUGUAUAAAAUAAACUGUUAUAACUUCUUUUUUAAUAAAACAUUCAAUGUGUAUA